UUUUAGAUAAACAUUGUGACGUAGUCAACAACAAUGGCAGCCAGCGGCACAGCUGUGACAGUCCUGACUCCAAAUGGGAGACGACAGACUGUCAAAGUGUCCCCAAACACGCCGCUUCUGCAGGUGCUGGAGGAUGUCUGCAUAAAGCACGGGUUUAGUUCAGAAGAUCACGGUCUGAAAUUUCAAAGAACGGUUCUGGAUUUGACGCUGCAGUGGAGAUUUGCCAACCUGCCCAACAAUGCUAAACUUGAAAUGGUGCCAAGUACAAAGAAAACGACGGCUGCGGACAGCCAGGUGCGAAUCGCUCUGCAGAUGGAGGAUGGCUCUCGUCUGCAGGGCUCUUUCUCAUCGGGACAGAGUCUGUGGGAACUGCUCACACACUUCCCUCAGAUCAGUGUGCUGCAGCUGUCUGAGUCAGGAGCCAUCCCAGUCUGUGUUUACAUGAGGGAUGAGGUGGCUGGAGAAGAAGCUCUCAAAAAUGCCACUCUCAAGUCUCUUGGUCUCACAGGAGGAAGUGCCAUUGUCAGGUUUUUGAUCAAAAGGAACAAAAUGCACGAAGAGCAGAACGGUGAGAAGCCUAUUGAACCGACCUCUGUGGCACCUGCACCUGUUGAAAACAUACCACACCCCGUCUCUCGACUUGACCCUGCUCCCCUGCAGCCUGAAAGGUUGACUCCAGACGAGCCGAGCUCGAGCACAGACAGGCCAAAGCCAAUCCCACCCACAGCAAAUACUGAUGAUGCCACAUGUCCAACCAGUUCAGUCCCUGAGCAACAAGACAAAGGCAUGAACUCCCAGGAUGCAGUGCGGCCUAAAGAACCUCUAGUCCCAAUGUCAGAGGUACCGUGCUGCUCCUCCUCUACCCAUGCCCUGUCUGCCCCAUCAGCCCUACCUACCCUAUCCGCCCCAUUUAUCCCGUUCUUUGGAGGGGGGCAGAGACUGGGCGGUCCGGGCGGGGCUGCUUCAGUGCAACCAUCAUGGGUAGGACAGGGCUGUGUGGUUGAAUCACCCAAAGCCAAGAAACCAAAGUCAUCUCACAAGUCAAACAGCAAGCCAGAAGUCUGCCAUGAAGAAGACAUGGGCCAAGCAGAAGAAUUUCUGGAGUCGGUGGAGAGGGAGUCACUUGUGUACCAUAUGGACUGUCAGUUACACCAUUCCAACGACACGGACCUCCCUGAUGAGUUCUUUGAAGUCACGGUUGAUGAUGUUCGGAAACGGUUUGCCCAGCUCAAGAGUGAGAGGAAACUCCUGGAGGAGGCUCCACUCAUGACUAAAGCUCUGAGAGAAGCCCAGAUGAGGGAGAAGAUGCAGCGAUAUCCGAAAGUGGUCCUGAGGAUCCAGUUCCCAGACAGACACGUUCUGCAGGGUUUCUUCAGGCCGCUGGAGACAGUGGGCGCUGUGAGGCAGUUUGUCAGAAGUCACUUAGAAGAUCCACAACUGUCUUUCUACUUAUUUAUCACUCCACCUAAAACCAUUCUGAAAGAUUCUUCAGUGACACUUUACCAGGCUGACUUAUUUCCUGGUGCAGUAGUCUACUUUGGCUCUGAUGUAAAAACAGACACCUACUUAAAAACAGAGCUUCUAGACUCUUCAGUUUCAGCCUCACAAGCAAACAGAUCGCUCGUGAGCAUUCUCCCGUCACAAACGCCACCAGGGAGCUCACAGGACCAAGAGGAGCCAGAGCCUUCACCAGAGCAGAACAUGGACACCAGCGAACCGUCCCAUGAAGAGCCACCCAGCCAGAGUCAGGCCCCCAAACCCAGGCCUGAUCCAGGGAAGGUCCCAAAGUGGCUCAAACUCCCAGGUAAGAAAUGAGGACUUUGUUGAGGGUUGAGCACUUAAACCUUUGCUGGAUUUUGGCUGCAGUAGAAGAAAGGAGGAGCAAGAGGUUGUUUUAAGCUUGAAGAGUAAAUAUUCAUGAUUCAUUAUAGUGGUUUCACAAGAAAAUGUACUGGAACGAUUGGAGUUACUACAAAGAGAAAAUAAAGAUUGUGGAAAAUGUUGCAAA